AAAGGCAAAGUAUAUUUAAGUUACUGUACUCAUAUUAAAGGAAACUGAAAGGACUUGACAACUAAAUGCAAUGCAGGAUGCCAAAUGAGAUCCUGGACCAAGGGAAAAAAUUGUCAUGAAGGACAUUAUGGGGCAAUUGGCAAGACCUGAAUUUGGACCGUCAAUUAGUAUCACAUCAGUCUAAGUUUCCUGAUUUGGAUAAUUGUACUGUAUUAUGUAAAAGAAUGUUUUGUUCUUAGAAAAUUCGCACUGAUAGAUUUAAGGGUAAAGGGGUAUCUUGUAUGCAACUUACUCUCAAAUGGUUCAGAAAAACAUACAAAUAUGUAUUUAUAGAGAAAUAAUGAUAAAGUAAAUGUGGUCAAAUGAUGUUAGUGGAUGAAUCUGAGUGAAGGGUAUCCUGGAAUUCUUUUUAGUAUUCUUGCCCGUUUCCCAUGAGAUUUAAAGUAUUUCAAAAUAAAAAACUUAAAAAAAAGGAAGAAAGCGGUGUGAAGUACGUUCCCUGGUAGGGAAAAGUUCUCAGGUACACCAGCGGCAACCGUGAGUGCCUCAACACCGGGGAGAGCACAGCUGCCAGUGACACCUUCUGCCACCCUGGACUCUCAGUUCCCUGUGCUACUAGAGGAACUCGGUGUGUGGUUGACCCCAAAGUUGUCCUGGGUUGACUCAAGAAGAUAGCAUGAGCAUUUGGAGGCAAAGAAUUCGCUUUCGUGAUUUUAUUUACUCCAGUUUUGCAUUCUGACUGACAUUCCCUACAUCCCAACGACUUCUGCAGUGGAGGGAGGCAGAGAUGGAGGAAGUGAAAACUACCCAAAUUCAGUGAUAAGUUACAGAUAAUGCAUACUGCAAAAUUUAGGGUACACUAUGUUCAUUUAUCACUGAUAACGACAGUCUUAACAUUCCCCUAUACAGGAAGACCAAGAUUUCCCCAGACCAGCCAGCAUCUUGCCCGUUCCCCAGAAGGAGAAAAAUAAGUCUCGGCAAGAGCCAAGAUAAGGCCCAGAAGCCCCCUGGGUUCCUUUUGCCAAGGUGAGUGGUUUCAAACCAUGACAAGUUGCAGGUUCUCUGAUAAGCAUCUGUAAUAACCUGGCAAAUUAAGCAUCCUCUCCUGGGAAGGGGAAUACAGAACUCUCUAACCACCCAAUACCUGUUUCUAGAUCCUGCCCCUCCUGGGGCACAGGGGCAGCCACCUUGCAAUGCUCAUCCCUAGAAAGGAGAGACCAGAUCAACAAACAGCAGGGCUGGGACUGCCCCGGGGGUUCCGAGAGUCCUUCUCCCCUCCUAUCACCUGCCCUCCAGGCACACUGUCCUACUUCCCCCUACUUCCCCAGGGGUUGUCAGGGACAGAAGGCCCCUCCUUCAUCCCCCCUAGUGUUCCUCCACUCUUCCCCCGCCCCCCAUUACUAGGGUGUCCAGGACAUUGUGUGACUCAGGAAACAGCUCAGACGUGAGGCUUGCAGCAGGCCGAGGAGGAGGAAGAGGGGCAGUGGGAGCAGAGGAGGUGGCUCCUACCUCAGUGAGGGCUCUGAGGGUUCCCGCCUGAAGAGGGACAGGGACCUGGGCUUGGAGAAGGGGCUCUGGAAUGCAGCCCCCUUCACUGCUGCUGCUGCUGCUGCUGUUAUGUGUCUCAGUGGUCAUAACCAGAGGGCUGCUGUGUGGGACUUUCCCAGAACCCUGUGCCAAUGGAGGCACCUGCCUGAGCCUGUCUCUGGGACAAGGGACCUGCCAGUGUGCCCCUGGCUUCCUGGGUGAGACGUGCCAGUUUCCUGACCCCUGCCAAAAUCCCCAGCUCUGCCAGAAUGGAGGCAGCUGCCAAGCCCUGCUUCCCGCUCCCCUAGGGCCCCCCAGCUCUCCCUCUCCAUUGGCACCCAACUUCUCGUGCACUUGCCUCCCUGGCUUCACUGGCGAGAGAUGCCAGGCCCAGAUUGAAGAUCCUUGUCCUCCCUCCUUCUGUUCCAAAAGGGGCCACUGCCACAUCCAGGCCUCAGGCCGCCCACAGUGCUCCUGCAUGCCUGGAUGGACAGGUGAGCAGUGCCAGCUUCGGGACUUCUGCUCAGCCAACCCAUGUGUUAAUGGAGGGGUGUGUCUGGCCACGUACCCCCAGAUCCAGUGCCGCUGCCCACCGGGCUUCGAGGGCCAUGCCUGUGAACGUGAUGUCAACGAGUGCUUCCAGGACCCAGGACCCUGCCCCAAAGGCACCUCCUGCCAUAACACCCUGGGCUCCUUCCAGUGCCUCUGCCCUGUGGGGCGGGAGGGCCCACGUUGUGAGCUCCGGGCAGGACCCUGCCCUCCUAGGGGCUGUUCGAAUGGGGGCACCUGCCAGCUGAUGCCAGGGAAAGACUCCACCUUUCACCUCUGCCUCUGUCCCCCAGGUUUCAUAGGCCCAGACUGUGAGGUGAAUCCAGACAACUGUGUCAACCACCAAUGUCAGAAUGGGGGCACUUGCCAGGAUGGGCUGGACACCUACACCUGCCUCUGCCCAGAAACCUGGACAGGCUGGGAUUGCUCCAAAGAUGUGGAUGAGUGUGAGGCCCAGGGUCCCCCUCGCUGCAGAAAUGGCGGCACCUGCCAGAACUCUGCGGGCAGCUUUCACUGCGUGUGUGUGAGUGGCUGGGGGGGCACAAGCUGUGAGGAGAAUCUGGAUGACUGUAUUGCUGCCACCUGUGCCCCAGGAUCCACCUGCAUUGACCGGGUGGGCUCUUUCUCCUGCCUCUGCCCACCUGGACGCACAGGGCUCCUGUGCCAUUUGGAAGACAUGUGUCUGAGCCAGCCAUGCCAUGGGGAUGCCCAGUGCAGCACCAACCCCCUCACAGGCUCCACACUCUGCCUGUGUCAGCCCGGCUAUUCAGGGCCCACCUGCCACCAGGACCUGGAUGAGUGUCUAAUGGCCCAGCAAGGCCCAAGUCCCUGUGAACAUGGCGGUUCCUGCCUCAACACUCCUGGCUCCUUCAACUGCCUCUGUCCACCUGGCUACACGGGCUCCCGUUGUGAGGCUGAUCACAAUGAGUGCCUCUCCCAGCCCUGCCACCCAGGGAGCACCUGUCUGGACCUACUUGCCACCUUCCACUGCCUCUGCCCACCAGGCUUAGAGGGGCAGCUCUGUGAGGUGGAAACCAAUGAGUGUGCCUCAGAUCCCUGCCUGAACCAUGCGGGUUGCCAUGACCUGCUCAAUGGCUUCCAGUGCAUCUGCCUGCCUGGAUUCGCCGGCACCCGAUGUGAGGAGGAUAUCGAUGAGUGCAGCAGCUCUCCCUGUGCCAAUGGUGGGCAAUGCCAGGACCAGCCUGGAGCCUUCCACUGCAAGUGUCUCCCAGGUUUUGAAGGGCCACGCUGUCAAACAGAGGUGGAUGAGUGCCUCAGUGACCCAUGUCCUGUUGGAGCCAGCUGCCUUGAUCUUCCAGGAGCCUUCUUUUGCCUCUGCCCCUCUGGUUUCACAGGCCAGCUCUGUGAGGUUCCCCUGUGUGCUCCCAACCUGUGCCAGCCCAAGCAGAUAUGUAAGGACCAGAAAGACAAGGCCAACUGUCUGUGUCCUGAUGGAAGCCCUGGCUGUGCCCCACCUGAGGACAACUGCACCUGCCACCAUGGGCACUGCCAGAGAUCCUCAUGUGUGUGUGACGUGGGUUGGACGGGACCAGAGUGUGAGGCAGAGCUAGGGGGCUGCGUCUCUGCACCCUGUGCCCAUGGGGGGACCUGCUACCCCCAGCCCUCUGGCUACAACUGCACCUGCCCUAUAGGCUACACAGGGCCUACCUGUAGUGAGGAGAUGACAGCUUGUCACUCAGGGCCAUGUCUCAAUGGUGGCUCCUGCAACCCUAGCCCUGGAGGCUACUACUGCACUUGCCCUCCAAGCCACACAGGUCCCCAGUGCCAAACCAUCACUGACUACUGUGUGUCUGCCCCGUGCUUCAAUGGGGGUACCUGCGUGAACAGACCCGGCACCUUCUCCUGCCUCUGUGCCAUGGGCUUCCAGGGCCGGCGCUGUGAGGGAAAGAUCCGCCCCAGUUGUGCAGACAGCCCCUGUAGGAAUAGGGCAACCUGCCAGGACAGCCCUCAGGGUCCCCGCUGUCUCUGCCCCACUGGCUACACCGGAGGUAGCUGCCAGACUCUGAUGGACUUAUGUGCCCAGAAGCCCUGUCCACGCAAUUCCCACUGCCUCCAGACUGGGCCCUCCUUCCACUGCUUGUGCCUCCAGGGAUGGACCGGGCCUCUCUGCAACCUUCCACUGUCCUCCUGCCAGAAGGCUGCACUGAGCCAAGGCAUAGACGUCUCUUCCCUUUGCCAGAAUGGAGGCCUCUGUGUCGACAGUGGCCCCUCCUAUUUCUGCCACUGCCCCCCUGGAUUCCAAGGCAGCCUGUGCCAGGAUCAUGUGAACCCAUGUGAGUCCAGGCCUUGCCAGCACGGGGCCACCUGCAUGGCCCAGCCCAGUGGGUAUCUCUGCCAGUGCGCCCCAGGCUACAAUGGACAGAACUGCUCAAAGGAACUUGAUGCUUGUCAGUCCCAACCCUGUCACAACCAUGGAACCUGCACCCCCAAACCUGGAGGCUUCCACUGUGCCUGCCCUCCAGGCUUUGUGGGGCUACGCUGUGAGGGAGACGUGGACGAGUGUCUGGACCAGCCCUGCCACCCCACAGGCACUGCAGCCUGCCACUCUCUGGCCAAUGCCUUCUACUGCCAGUGUCUUCCUGGACACACAGGCCAAUGGUGUGAGGUGGAGAUAGACCCCUGCCACAGCCAACCCUGCUUUCAUGGAGGGACCUGUGAGGCCACAGCAGGAUCACCCCUGGGUUUCAUCUGCCACUGCCCCAAGGGUUUUGAAGGCCCCACCUGCAGCCACAGGGCCCCUUCCUGCGGCCUCCAUCACUGCCACCACGGAGGCUUGUGUCUGCCCUCCCCUAAGCCAGGCUUCCCACCACGCUGUGCCUGCCUCAAUGGCUAUGGGGGUCCUGACUGUCUGACCCCACCAGCUCCUAAAGGCUGUGGCCCUCCCUCCCCAUGCCUAUACAAUGGCAGCUGCUCAGAGACCACGGGCUUGGGGGGCCCAGGCUUUCGAUGCUCCUGCCCUCACAGCUCUCCAGGGCCCCGGUGUCAGAAGCCCGGAGCCAAGGGGUGUGAGGGCAGAAGUGGAGAUGGGGCGUGCGAUGCUGGCUGCAGUGGCCCAGGAGGAAAUUGGGAUGGAGGGGACUGCUCUCUGGGAGUCCCAGACCCCUGGAAGGGCUGCCCCUCCCACUCUCGGUGCUGGCUUCUCUUCCGGGACGGGCAGUGCCACCCACAGUGUGACUCUGAAGAGUGUCUGUUUGAUGGCUACGACUGUGAGACCCCUCCAGCCUGCACUCCAGCCUAUGACCAGUACUGCCACGAUCACUUCCACAACGGGCACUGUGAGAAAGGCUGCAACACUGCAGAGUGUGGCUGGGAUGGAGGUGACUGCAGGCCUGAAGAUGGGGACCCAGAGUGGGGGCCCUCCCUGGCCCUGCUGGUGGUACUGAGCCCCCCAGCCCUAGACCAGCAGCUGUUUGCCCUGGCCCGGGUGUUGUCCCUGACUCUGAGGGUGGGACUCUGGGUAAGGAAGGAUCGUGACGGCAGGGACAUGGUGUACCCCUAUCCUGGGGCCCGGGCUGAAGAAAAGCUAGGAGGAACUCGGGACCCCUCCUAUCAGGAGAGAUCAGCCCCUCAAACGCAGCCCCUGGGCAAGGAGACCGACUCCCUCAGUGCUGGGUUUGUGGUGGUAAUGGGUGUGGAUUUGUCCCGCUGUGGCCCUGACCACCCGGCAUCCCGCUGUCCCUGGGACCCUGGGCUUCUACUCCGCUUCCUUGCUGCGAUGGCUGCAGUGGGAGCCCUGGAGCCCCUGCUGCCUGGACCACUGCUGGCUGUCCACCCUCAUGCAGGCACUGCACCCCCUGCCAACCAGCUUCCCUGGCCUGUGCUGUGCUCCCCAGUGGCUGGGGUGAUUCUCCUGGCCCUAGGGGCUCUUCUCGUCCUCCAGCUCAUCCGGCGUCGACGCCGAGAGCAUGGAGCUCUCUGGCUGCCCCCUGGUUUCACUCGACGGCCUAGGACUCAGUCAGCUCCCCACCGACGCCGGCCCCCACUGGGCGAGGACAGCAUUGGCCUCAAGGCACUGAAGCCAGAGGCAGAAGUUGAUGAGGACGGAGUUGUGAUGUGCUCAGGCCCUGAGGAGGGAGAGGAGGUGGGCCAGGCUGAAGAAACAGGCCCACCCUCCAAGUGCCAGUUCUGGUCUCUGAGUGGUGGCUGUGGGGAGCUCCCUCAGGCUGCCAUGCUAACUCCUCCCCAGGAAUCCGAGAUGGAAGCCCCUGACCUGGACACCCGUGGACCUGAUGGGGUGACACCCCUGAUGUCCGCGGUUUGCUGUGGGGAAGUAGAGUCCAGGACCUUCCAAGGGGCAUGGUUGGGAUGUCCUGGGCCCUGGGAACCUCUGCUGGAUGGAGGGGCCUGUCCCCAGGCUCACACCGUGGGCACUGGGGAGACCCCCCUGCACCUGGCUGCCCGAUUCUCCCGGCCAACCGCUGCCCGCCGCCUCCUUGAGGCUGGAGCCAACCCCAACCAGCCAGACCGCGCAGGGCGCACACCCCUUCAUGCUGCUGUGGCUGCUGAUGCUCGCGAGGUCUGCCAGCUUCUGCUCCGUAGCAGACAAACUGCAGUGGACGCUCGCACAGAGGACGGGACCACACCCUUGAUGCUGGCUGCCAGACUGGCAGUGGAAGACCUGGUUGAAGAACUGAUUGCAGCCCAAGCAGACGUGGGGGCCAGAGAUAAAUGGGGGAAAACUGCGCUGCACUGGGCUGCUGCCGUGAACAACGCCCGAGCCGCCCGCUCGCUUCUUCAGGCCGGAGCCGAUAAAGACGCCCAGGACAGCAGGGAGCAGACGCCGCUGUUCCUGGCGGCACGGGAAGGAGCGGUGGAAGUAGCCCAGCUGCUGCUGGGGCUGGGGGCAGCCCGAGAGCUGCGGGACCAGGCUGGGCUAGCGCCCGCGGACGUCGCUCGCCAACGAAACCACUGGGAUCUGCUGACGCUGCUGGAAGGGGCGGGGCCACUAGAAGCCCGUCACAAAGCCACGCCGGGCCGCGAGUCCGGGCCCUUCCCGCGCGCACGGACGACGUCCGUAAGCGUGCCCCCGCAUGGGGGCGGGGCUCUGCCGCGCUGCCGGACGCUGUCAGCCGGAGCAGGCCCUCGUGGGGGCGGAGCUUGUCGGCAGGCUCGGACUUGGUCCGUAGACUUGGCUGUGCGGGGGGGCGGGGCCUAUUAUCAUUGCCGGAGCUUCUCGGGAGGAGGAGCAGGAGGAGGCCCGCCCCCUCGCGGCCGCAGGUUUUCUGCAGGCAUGCGCGGGCCUCGGCCCAACCCUGCGAUAAUGCGAGGAAGCUACGGAGUGGCUGCCGGGCGCGGAGGCAGGGGCCCAACGGAUGACUGGCCCUGUGAUUGGGUGGCCCUGGGAGCUUGCGGUCCUGCCUCUAACAUUCCAAACCCGCCUUCUUGCCUUACUCCGUCCCCGGAGCGGGGAUCCCCUCAACUUGACUGGGGUCCCCCAGCCCACCAAGAAAUGCCCAUAAACCAAGGAGGAGAGGGCAAAAAAUAGGAGAAUACAUGGUAGGGAGGAAUUCCAAAAUGAUUACCCAUUAAAAGGCAGGCUGGAAGGCCUUCCUGGUUUUAAGAUGGAGCCCCAAAAAUGAAGGGUUGUGAGUUUAGUUUCUCUCCUAAAAUGAAUGUAUGCCCACCAGAGCAGGCAUCUUCCACAUGGAGAAGCUGCAGCUCUGGAAAGAGGGUUUACAAGGCUAGGAUGAGGCAGGCCCAGUCCUCCUCCAGAAAAUAAGGCCACAGGAGGGCAGAGUGGAGUGGAACUACCCCUAAAUUGGAACCAAGAACUACAGGCAUAUGGGAUGUAAGAUGUUCUUUCUAUAUAUGGUUUCCAAAGGGAGCUCCCUUCAUCCAUUGUCCCCACUGCCCACAAAUGGCUGACAAAUAUUUAUUGGACACCAACUAUGUGCCAGGCACUGUGUAGAUGCUGAAAAGUGGCCAAGGGCCGCCCCAGCUGAUGACUCCUUGCAUUCCCUCCCCUCACAACAAAGAAACUCCACUGCGGGGAUGAAGCGCUUCUUCUAGCCACUGCUAUCACUAUUUAAGAACCCUAAAUCUGUCACCCAUAAUAAAGCUGAUUUGAAGUGUUA